AUGUAUCAUAUACCUUUUCUACACAAGAAAACAGUUGAAGCGACGAGUCGGAAGUUCCGAGCAAAUGGACGUCGUCAUGAUAGUACACAGGAGUUCGCAGACAAUCGAAUAUCUACGUCAAAAUACAAUUUAAUAACGUUUUUACCAAAGAAUCUCUUUGAACAAUUUCGACGCUUAGCCAAUAGCUAUUUUUUAAUACUCGUGUGUUUACAAUUCAUACCACAAGUCACUUCAUUAACACCCGGUACAAGUAUUGCCCCGCUGUCUGUUGUAUUGUUGAUCACUGCGAUCAAAGACGCUGUCGAUGAUAUUCGAAGACAUCGAAGCGAUAAACAGAUUAAUAAUCGGGAGGUGAAUAUUUUAGCUGGACAUGACUUGAUCCGUAAGAAAUGGCAAGAAGUUCAAGUUGGUGAUAUCAUUCAAGUGGAAAACAACGAGUUUAUUCCUGCUGAUAUGGUUCUACUAUCGACCAGUAAACCGAAUGGUCUUUGCUUUAUUGAAACAGCGGAGUUGGAUGGAGAAAUCAAUCUUAAAUUACGUCGAGCGCUGCAUGAAACUUGUUCUCUCAAGGAUCACAUUGAUGGCUUAGCCAGUUUUAAUGGUGAAAUUGAAUGUGAAGCACCGAAUAAUAGACUUGAGCGUUUUCAAGGAAAUCUAAUUUGGAAUGAGAAGGUCUUAGCAUUGAAGAAUGAGAAUAUUCUCUUACGCGGAGCAAAAUUGAAAAAUACCCAAUGGGUUUUCGGCAUCGUCUGUUAUGCUGGUUCAGAUACAAAGAUCAUGAAAAACAGUGGAAUAGCCAUAUUUAAACGAACUAAAAUCGAUCAUCUACUCAAUCGAUUUAUCAUCAGUAUCUUUCUGUUGUUACUCAUCAUGUGUACAAUAAUGACUAUCUCAAAUGGUCUUUGGGAAUCUUCUAUCGGUUAUCAUUUUCGUAUUUAUGUGCCAUGGGAAACGUAUAUCUCUACAGAGCGCCGGAUCGGUGCACUCGAAAGAAGUUUAUUAACGUUCUUUUCAUAUGCUAUUAUACUGCACACGGUGAUUCCGAUCUCGCUUUAUGUUAGCAUAGAAAUUAUCCGUUUGAUCCUAUCAAAAUGGAUCGAUUGGGAUAAUAGAAUGUAUUACGAACCAAAUAAUGUUCAAGCACAAGCUCGUACAACAACGUUAAAUGAAGAAUUAGGCCAAAUCCAGUAUAUAUUCUCGGAUAAAACAGGAACAUUAACACAAAAUAUGAUGACUUUCAAGAAAUGUUCAAUUCGAGGGCAACUUUAUGGGUAUGCGGACGAUGAAAUCGAAAGUAGUGACAUGCGAUCUGUAGAUUUUCAAGAGAAAUAUGGGACUUUCCAAUGGUACGACGAGAAAUUAUUGGAUGCUAUUGAGCGGAAUGAUCGAAAUGUACAUCGAUUUUUUACUUUACUAUCUGUUUGCCAUACAGUAAUGUCAGAAGAAAAAGAUGGAGAGAUUGUUUAUCAAGCGCAAUCACCGGAUGAUGAUGCACUUGUCUCUGCCUCACGUGCAUUUGGAUUUAUGUUUCUCGAUCGUACACAAAAUAGCAUUACAGUUCGUUUUGGAGAUAGAGAAGAAACGUAUGACUUGCUGCAUAUACUUGAUUUCGAUAAUGAUCGAAAACGGAUAUCGGUGAUUGUUAAACAACAUGGAAGAAUCUUUUUAUAUUGUAAAGGCGCUGAUUCAAAAAUUGAGGAACGAUUAGAUCCAUCGGAAAGAGACUUAAUGGCAAUAACCAAUGAUCAUUUACACCAAUUUGCAACGAAUGGUUUGCGAACUCUUUGUUUAGCAUAUAAAGAAUUGCGUGAAAGUGAUUAUCAAAUAUGGGCGAAAAAAUUACAUGCAGCAACAACAAGUAUGGAUAGACGAGAUGAAAAAGUAAGCAAAGCUUAUGAGGAAAUUGAAAAGAAUUUCAAGUUGCUUGGUGCGACGGCCAUCGAAGAUAAACUACAAGACGGCGUACCUGAAUGCAUCGAGCGUUUAACAUCUGCCGGUAUUAAAAUUUGGGUGUUAACUGGUGAUAAAUUAGAAACGGCUCGUAAUAUUGGUUUAUCGUGUCGAUUAUUAACGGAUGCAAUGGUUCUGUAUAAUAUUGAAGAAGAAACUGAAGACGCAGUUGGAGAAAAGUUACAACGAGUUCGUAAUGAUAUGAUUCAUAAAAUCGAGCAGUUAUUCAACGUUCAGAUCGAAGAUAAAACUAAAAGACUCAAUUGGAAGGACUGGAGUAUCGAUGUGAUGAAUUUCGAUCAACACCGAAAAUCGACACAGCAAACUGAACGGGAUGAGGAAGCAUUUCAAGGUUUCGGUUUGCUUAUCACCGGUUCAGCGCUAUUAUUCGCUUUGAAUGAAAACCUACAGAUGAAAUUUCUCGAAAUCAGUACCAUGUGUCAAGCGGUUAUCUGCUGCCGCGUCACUCCGUUGCAAAAAGCUCAGGUUGUUGAUUUAGUUAUGAAGAAUGAGGACAAAAUUACCUUAGCAAUCGGCGAUGGAGCGAACGAUGUGUCCAUGAUACAAAAAGCACAUAUUGGUGUCGGUAUCAGCGGACAAGAAGGUCGUCAGGCUGUUCUAGCAAGUGAUUAUAGUUUAGGACAAUUUCGUUUCCUUGAAAGAUUACUACUUGUUCACGGGCGUUGGUCGUACAUGCGAAUUUCGAAAUUUUUACGGUAUUUUUUCUAUAAGAAUGUUGCCUUUACACUGUGCCAUUUUUGGUUUGGAAUCUUCUCGGGCUUUACAGCACAAACAUUGUUCGAUCCAUUUUUUAUAGCAACCUAUAAUAUCUUCUUCACUUCACUACCUGUCUUAGUUCUCGGCAUUUUCGAUCAGGACAUUAGCGCCGAGCAUUCACUGAGUAAACCCUAUCUAUAUAAAUUUGGCCAAAAUGAUGAACUUUUCAAUAAGAGAAUCUUUGCUGAAAGCAUUUUCCAUGGAAUAAUAACUUCAUGCGUCAUAUUCUUUGUCCCGUACUUAUCCGUGAUAGAUACGGCACGAUCAAACGGCAUAACUUUCAAUGAUGUACAAUCAUUUGGUUUUACCGUUGCAACGAUCUUAAUUAUCGUUGUUAACGUCGAAAAUGCGUUGGAAGUUUUCUCUUGGACGAGUUUUUAUCACUUUGUUUUCUGGGGUACAAUCGUCGCACAUUUUCUCUUUCACUUCGUGUUAUAUUCAACGAUAAUCCAGAGAAUCUAUCAGAAAGCGAGGUAUCCAUACGUUGGCGUUGCUCAAGUGGUUCUAUCGACAGGUCAUUUUUGGUUUGCACUGAUUCUUACCUGUGUUAUUUUGCUGUUGCCGAUAUUCUUCCGAGAAUUCUUUCGCAUACGUUUUAUGCCCACGGAAAUCGAUCGUGCGAGAUUAAAUCAAAAGUUUCGCGUGGAUGAAAAGAUCGCGUUUUUUACAGAUAUCAAAAAGCAUCUUCGGCAAGUUAGACGAGCACCGCGAUCAACGUAUGCUUUCUCACAAGAAGCCGGUUGGGGUGAACUCAUUACUUCGGGAAUAAUGCAAUCGGAACUGAGAUCAAGCGUAGUUGUUGUUCGACAAAUCAUAUAA